AUGGACCUCGAGAAUGACGGCGCCGCGGGCACCGCCGCCGUGUGGGCGACCGUCUCCCCUCCGCAAAUCCCUCUCGUCGACGGAUUCAGCUUUCACCAAGCGCCGCUUCCGUGCACGGCGGCCGGAUCCGCGGAAAACAACGAAUGGGGCGGCGGUUUGAUGGGAGAAUGGGCGGGCGGAAAGUGCAGCGAGAAGGAGUGGGGGUUGGAGAACGGGGGUGACAGUUGGGGCGCUAUGGGGGAGGAGGGAAUGAUCGUGGAAGGCGCUGCGGAGGCUCCGCCUACUCCGCUGAUCCAAGCCAUUGCGCGCAAGAACAUCUCCGCUUCCGCCGAUGUCUCCACCAACAAUACCGCCACCGUUGCCACAUGUGUAACGAACGGAUGGGAUCCGCUGCAUCUGAACCUGCAGCCUCAGGAGAAUGUUCAGGGGAAUCCUCAGGAGAAGCCACGGUGGCAAGUAGGCCACGGCAACGACGGCUCCUGCCUCAGCACUUCCCCCUCCGCCGCCACCUCCGCCGGCGGCGGCUGCGCUAGCCGCCGAAGCCUCGGGGGAGUGACCCCUUCCGCAGCAACCAGCGCUUACGCCGCUGGCGCAUCUUUUGGACCCGCUAACGCUGCGCCCGCUAUCCCCCUUCUGACUCUUCCGCCAUCCGCUUCCUUCACGGGCCCGCCGCCUAGCGCUGCUGCCGCGCACGGCACGGGCACGAAAACCACGGAAUGUGGCGGCCACGUGCCAGCAGCGUGGUUCACUCCCACUGCCACGUCAGCCACCAACGUUUCCCCUGCAUCGCUGAUGUCAGCACUGGGGUCGCUCCAGGGCAAGAUUGCGGCACUGCAGCUGCUGAUUCCGCUGGUGGCGCAGAGCGGCCCCGAACCUGCCGUGCGCGAGCAGCAGGAGGCGGCGGCGGUGGGCGUGGCGGCGGUGAUUCAGCAGGUGGCGCUCGCCGCCGUGGGGCUGCUUCCGCCGCGCCUGCAGGCGCAGCUUCUGCUGCCCGACAUCGCGGGGGUGGUGCGCGCGGAACAGAUGCGCGCGGAGCAGGAGCAAUCAGCGCAGAAAUACGCUGAGCUGGGGAAUGCGGAUCAGUCUGCGGAGAAACGGCAGCUGACCAACGACCAGAUGCACUUCUGCGACACCUGCGGCAAGGGCUUUAAGCGCGAGGCCAACCUGCGCAUGCACAUCAAGGCUCACGGCCGCGUGACCCCUAAUCACCCAGCAGCGUCUCCUCCUCCCUUCUCGUCCUUCCCAUCGCCCCCCGUGGACCCGGCCCAGUGCCGCUUCAGUUGCCCUGUAGCGGGGUGCAAGCGCCACCGGGAGCAUGCAGCCUUUCAGCCGCUCAAGACGGUGCUGUGCGUGCGCAACCACUACCGCCGCUCGCACUGCCCCAAGCUGCUCGCGUGCUCGCGCUGUGGCGGCGCCAAGCGGUUUGCGGUGCUGGCGGAUCUGCGCACGCAUGAGAAGCACUGCGGGCUCACCAGCUGGACCUGCUCCUGUGGCUCCCGCUUCAGCCGCAAGGACAAGCUGAUGGCCCACCUGGUCACCUUCAUCGGCCACUCCGCCGUCUCGCCGGGGAACAACCGCGCAUGA